AUGCGACAACUACCAGCUGCUAAAAAUACUGAAUUUGACGAACUAGCUAGUACGCUGGAAGGCAACAGCACCUCUCCCUGCAGUGGUGGCGCUACUUGUGCAGAAGCGCGGCCACUUCUUCUGAUGCCGAGCGCAUUGAAAGCUGCGUACGGGCCGGGCGGCAAGCUCCCACUACCAGAGAGCCCUAUACGGCCCCCAAGCACGCUCGACGAACACGAGGAGCCAUUCCAGCAACCGGCAUCAAUGGCUGCAACAUCAGCGAGCAAGAACUCCAAGGGCAAGGGCAAAGCUCGUGCGGAGAAGAGCAAGGCAACUGCCGCAACGUGGCCACCGGUGCUCGAAGCAAACUCUAAGCUCCACUGCAGGGUGCAUUGUGCGGUCAUCUGGUACACGAAAAAUCACGGCACCCAAGAAGAAUUUUCUGCAUGGUACAGGACGCUGAAGCACCCCCAACGUGAGACCUACAAGAAGACGGACGGCGCCAGGACAUCAAAGAAGGAAGCGGGCGCAACAGGUGCUGGUCCUGCAUAG